GUUUCCAAAUUUUCUAGCAAGGUUUAAUCAAGACCUGCGGACUUCAGAGCAAGCGAUAUUUAGGACAAAGAGAAACCCCUCUGCUUGAGCAGAUGAUUGCAAACUUUCUAGCUCGCUCUGCAUUUUCCAGAUCCAAUUCUUCACAAUCGUCUUGCGAAUACCACAAUGUGGAGGGUUUUGGCGCUCUUAUGGUCUUAAUUGCACUCUUGCUGGGAAAGGUGUGCUAGUGCUGGACCAGGUUUUUCAAAAUUUGAAGUCUAGUGAACUAUUCCAGAAGGGUGCAGCUGCCGCAGGCGGCAGGAAGAUUAAAAGGAAGAGGAACUUCGAAAGCGUGGUUUCGGCAAUCUACCUGAGCAAAUUUAGUAAAAUCGGUGCCAUUUGAAAGCUGGGAGAAUCUAGUUUUCGAGGUUGUCUUGUCGGAGAAAGAUUUCAGGAGGAGAUGAACAAGAAGUGAAGAAAGUGCAGAGGAGGUAGAAUCACGAAUUAAUCAGGGCUCGAGGUGAAGAUUGGAAGCUCGAGGCCAAACUAUAAGAAAUUUUUGGCUGAAAGUUUAAGAGAAUCUGUGCAUAAGCAGAUAGCAGCUUGGGAAGAACAAGCAAACAGGUCACCAUGGAGAGUUAUAGCGAGAUAUGGAGAAUGAGGAUAUCGCUAGGAUGAAAGUCUGCCAGGAAAAGCCUGAUCUCGCUCAUGAGGAUCUCGCUGAUCUCGCUCACGAGGAGAAUCUUGCUCAUGAGGAUAUCGCUAGUAAAACUGUCUUUGAUAAUGAAAGUUCCAUUAGGAAAUGAACUAUUUGUGGUAUUUUGCUAAGAAUUCUACGUAGUUAACCGGGAAUUAUGUCCUUUCAGGCCAAGAAGAGCUAGGAAAGGCGUAUAAUCCGUUAAGAGGCCAACGAGCUGUAGCGGUCAGAUUCCUCAAGGUUGAUCCUGCUGCUGCUUGCCACUGAAAAGUUCGGCUUGUUCAGAAGAACUUAGGUUGAUGGCUUGUUUAUGUACACAUGUUUUGGGAGGGACUAGGGCUUUGAUAGGAAUGUUUUAGGCCAUUUGGGAAUAUUUUUCCGUAGAUGUUAAGUCAUGGUUGUAUGCAUGUGUUUAUGUAUCUUUGUAGAACCUUAAGGGAGGCUUGCUGUAUGCAUAUACUACUAAUGUGUUGAAUAGGUUGGUAUUUAGAAUAGAAGGCUUUGGUGGUGGGUACUGACAGUAGGGUUAGUAACUACCACGGUCAUAUCCUCAUCCAGAUUAAAAGGGUAAUUUGGGAGGGAUGUGACAAGGUAGUUUUACCGUCACACCAGUUUUUGAACCUAUACUUAGCUAAAUGAGUGAAUAUUAAUCUUAGUUUUAAUUCCAUCAGAUUGAACUUUGAACUUGUAUAAGUAUUAUGCAGUAUAAUUAUUAUUCUUCUAAAAACCAAGCUUGAAAAUUUCCAACAACCACUAAAUGGAUCAUCCAAAAUUUAGUCAACAUAGUACUUGAAUGGAACUGCUAAAAUUGGCCCAAACCUAACACCUAGCUAAAAUAAAUCCCUAUACAGCCCUAACAAGCAGCAGGUAUAAUAAUAACCUCCUAGAGCAACAAAAAUGCCUUAUGCCCAGCCAAAAGUCUCCUACAAAUAGUAACUCAAUUAAUAAAGGGUAUUACUCUCAUUGUCAUUGCUUAUUCUAGUUCAAUGUUCAACUUGUUAAAAUUCAAUUUUUUAGGUUAAAUUUGACUCGCUCGUGCAACUUACAUGGUAAAAUAAUGAAUUUUCUCCUACAAUUAGUAUAAAAUAAUUUAAAAAAUUGAUAAUUGAUAUGUUCAAUUUAAGUGAAUGAUGCAGAUUUAUUUUGCUUCAAGGCUGUUGAUCCUAGAUAAAGAAGCCAAUGAUUCCCAGAAAAUUUCUAAGAUAGCUGAAAGUAGGAGAUAGCUACAUCAUUAUUCCAAUUAACAUUCCUGGAAUGAAUUGAAAAGAGUCUUCAAAGAGAGAGGAGAAGAAAGCCAAGAAAAAAGGUUUUUUUAGGAGGAUAGGUUUUGAGGUGAUUUUUAGAGGAAGUGGGAGCAUUUCAAAGUGUCUUUUCAAUGUUGGUAAGGUUCAACAUUCAUUUCAUUUUCUUUUUUGGGUGGUCUUUGAAGAUGUUUUUUUAGUAGGAGGGCCUCUUUGGUAUAAAAGAUUUCCCUUGGAGGGUUGGUUGUUAGCCUAAGAAGCACGGCACUUAUGUUUGGCUAGCAUGUCCUUGUCUGACACGAGGGCCUCUUUGGUAUAAAAGAUUUCCCUUGGAGGGUUGGUUGUUAGCCUAAGAAGCACGACACUUAUGUUUGGCUAGCAUGUCCUUGUCUGACACGUGUCGACACUCCAACACUUGUUGGACACUUUUUAGUGCAAUGGAUGUGUUAGACACUAGUUAUAUAAAGUCAAAAUAGGACUAACAUUUGGUAGACAUGCAUCAAACACUUGUUACAUAUUACACGUAUCGGACACUUGUUAGUGCAAUAUAUGUGUUAAACACUAGUUGUAUAAAGUCAAAAUAGGACCAACAUUUAGUAGACAUGCAUCAAACACUUGUUACAUAUAUCAAAUCGACACAUAUAUGACCAAAAUAAUAAAAUUUGAGAGCGAAAUACAUCAAAUUAAUUUUUUAAGCGUAUAAAUGAAUAAACCCAUUGACAUUAAAUUUCCUUCUUGUCUAAAAAUGAUAUAUAUUUUAAAAAAUAUAUGUUGUCAUAAACGUGUUCUUGUCAUGUCAGUGUCCUAAAUUUUUUAAAAAAUGUUACCAUAUCCGUGUCGCAUAUUCAUGCUGCUUAACUGUUAGUUUCGUUCUUCUAUUCUGCUAUGGGGUUUCUGUGUUUCAAUAAGGUGGUUGAAGCUUCUAUCUCAACCAUUAGUUGAAGAGAACUCUUUGGUUAAAUUGGUGCUUUAGUUUCAGUUUGGGCUUUAUGGCCUGACAAUCUUACUUUGAAGGUCACAAGUCACAUUUCUUCCAUCUCAAAUAUUUAUGUUCAUGACGGUGUAAUUGGUCCAAGAACAAAUUGUAAUGUGAAUAUUCGAAUGAUAAGUGAUGGUCCUUCUUCUGUGUUAGCAUUUUCAAAUAUUAUAUGGGAGACUCCAUCCCGGGCAAUUUCUCACGAUUCUUGUCCUUUGACAGUUUAUGCUGCCGAAUCUAUAAGCCCAGGGGUGGGGAAUUCAAUUGGUCUUGGAACUGGAGGAGAUAGUGGAUUCAUAGCUGCUGAUAUUGAGCGUUCAAUGCUAAUAUUAUGUGGAAAAGCUUUCUCGAAUAUAGAUGGAACUAAAGAAACACUUGUUGCUAUAUCUGAACCUGUGAUAUUUGCUCGUGGAGGACUUCCUCUUCCUGCAAGGCUUCUAGUUUCUGGUGAUUCGGUGAUUUUGCUAUUUGCACCUGAAGACAUCAUUCAGAGUUGUGCUGCUUUUCUGAUAUCUAGAGAUGCUGGUGUUAUUCUUUCCUCUGAAGAUGUCAUGCCAUUUUUCCGAAUUGGGAAUACGAAUACCAACUGCCCAAAUCUCUACAAAUUCCCUUCUGCUAUUGUUCUUAUAACUUCUGAUGAAACCAUUCUGUCUGCUUCAAAGCUCUCUCCUGGUCAGGCUGCGUAUCACUUUUUGGCUGGGUAUCAGAAUGGUAAAUUUGUGCCUGUAUUCCACAAAGGUCCAUCUAUUGACCCGUUGGAACUGGCCAAGGCUUUACUGUGCAUGUUAAAAGAGCAGCAAAUCCCAUCCUUCGUAGUCAAUGCUAAAGGAAUAGAAAGUGCAGGAAAGGAGCUGGUCAAUUUACUGGAGUCAACUCUGUCCAUGAACAUUCCACCCUUUCAAGUGAGAGUGUAUGUGUACAAAUUUGGGUUGUUACAAGGAGGUGAAAUUAAGAGAAGGUACAAAAGCUUUCUAAGCAGAAAGUAUCAACAAUUACCUGAAGAAUUUUCAUUCUGAAGGUUACCAUAGUAAUCCUUUCUUGUAGUUUAUUAGUGUUGAGGAUAUUUUGUAAUCAAGGACAGUGGCUUGCUUGUGUAUGCAUGAAGAUGAAUAAAUUUUCCAUUGUGAACCAACUAACUAUUGCGGCUUGACUUUUCUUUUCUUUAUUUUCCGUUGGAAUGUCUCACGAUGAAUAGGCUAUGAAGUACAGGUACUCAUCAUAUGAGACAGAAUUCGUAUCA